UUAUUUGACUGAGACCACGUUAACUCUUCUUCGUUUUGUCAAACAACGCUUUCGCAGCUCUGAGAUUGAUUCAGUCACUUCGUUCAUUAAAAUGGCUGAAAAACCAGCGAACCGUUUUGUCGAAGUUCCCUGCUACUUUCACGCUCUUCCCCAGGAAUCAGUGCUGCAUAUUUUCUCGUUCCUGGACGUCCUUGAUGUCACAAACUGUUCAGUGGUCUGUCGACGAUGGAAGCGUAUCACGGAGACCGAUAUACAGCAGAAAUCCACCAUCGUCGACCUGCAGAAAUGGGCCACUUACCGCCCUCGGGAACUUACAAUGGGGGACAUUUGGAAACACCAUAUAGCACUGCUUCAGCGCUUCCUGACGCGAAGAACCCGCUGUCUGAUCGUACGUCGACCAGCCGGCUCACCGCCACCUCGUGCUGACUGGGCCCUAACCGAGAUCGCAUGGGCCUCCUGUUGGGAUUAUCGAUGGUCGGAUGUCGGAGAGGAGCUGGGCAGAGUACUGGGCGACUGCUCCAUCGGCUUGUGUUCCCGGGCUGAUCGAGAUCUGCCGCAGCCCGAGCCGCAGAAGCCGCGGCGGGAUGUGGUAUUGACGCUGCAGAAUGUCCAUCUCUGUGCGGACUCGUUGCGCGAUCUGGGGUGGCACUUUGCCCGGCUGCCGUUCACCAUCACCGCCGUUCGAAUGGAGAAUGUGACAAUGCGCUGCCACUUUUCGACGGGACGGUUUGGUUAUCAGUCUCCGCCCCAAGUGGUUCUCGAGGUCGCUGUGGAGAAAGCCGUGAUUUUGCCGGAGAAUGGUAGCUGGCCGUUUGAUAUACGGCUACGGGAUCUCCUGGGCAACGUACCAAAACACUCCUUCGCGUUUUUUGAGCGAUUCUUGCCAGCUGAUUUUUCGAAUGCCGAAAAGGACUUCAUCAGCGCGAAGCUGUUGUCGGACGAUCCCGUGGGUGCAACGCUAGCAUCUUACUUCGGAAGGUGGGUUAGUUUGCCCGGGAUUGUUGGCGUGUGCGCAGCAUCUACGCUUGGCUCCUUGGGACUGACGCUGAACGAUAUUCUUUCGCUCCCGAAAUGGUUGCGUCAGCUAGUGGUUGAGCUGCUGAAGAAUCCUUCCAUUGGAAUAGUUCCGAUUGCUACUACAUAUAGCGACUGCUCCUGGUACGCCUAA